AUGUUCAUCACGCUUUCACUUUCGACAACUGUUAGUUCCUCGUCAAACCUCUCUGAACACACACACAUGAUGGCCUUUCGAGGUAGAACAAGGACACGACGUAAACGUUCUCUAUGCCCUUCGCCAGACACCCUGAGUUCUUAUACAUCGGACGAACCGGACGGAACUUCGGAUGCAGGCGUCGCAGAGCCUGAGACAGUGGGCUCAGAUGGUUCAGCGGUGUUACCGGAGCCGCAUAUCCUGGAUGUGUGGGGUAGGAAGGCAUUGGCCGACGACAACGACAACGACAACGGCAACAAUACUAAACAAAAUAAUAUGACAUCGUUCAGGCAUGUUGGACAGAGCCUCUCUUCCUUUCGAGAUGACAACAAUGACGAGCCAUCCCAGAACGUAGUCCAGAUCAUUGCAGCGCUCAGCCAGAUUCAGGAGGGAAUAGAGAGCCUCAAGAUUGCUAUUAGCAAAGCCAAGUGA